GAGGGAGCCCCGGGGGCCGCAGCGGGGAGUAGCCACCGUGGCUCCCGCUGCCGGGGCCUGGCAGCCGCCGGGCCUCGCCUGAGAGAGCCCGGGAGCAGGCAGGCCCCUCUGCCGCAGGGGCGCGGGCGGGCGGCGCGGCCUCCUCUGCCCGGAACGCUGCAGCCUGGAGCCUCUUCCUGUUGCCAGCUUCAGGAGCCCAGUGCCGAUGGGAUGGAUAGUACCUUGCCAGCAGUAGCAGAAGAGCUUUUGAGAGAGAUAAAAAAGGCUUUUCAGGAGACCUCACACGUCCCUGAUGACCUGCUGCUGGGGCUGAAGUUCAUUUUUGGCCCAUGUGCUGUCCCAGCUUUGGAUUUGGUGGAUCACCGUUCUGUCACUCGAGUUACAUCCCCCAGUGGAAGGGCUGCAUACCAGGUCCUUGGGAGCUCAGGCAAACUCUACACCUGCUACAGUUCCUGCCACUUCUGCACGUGUCCUGCUUUUGGUUUUACUGUACUGCAGAAGAGCGAGAGCCUUCUGUGCAAACAUAUACUUGCUGUCUACCUCAGUCAGGCCAUGGGAGCCUGCCAGGAACUAACUGUCUCUGAGGAGCAGCUCACAAGCAUUUUACUGGCUGAUGAAGAGGAUGAAGGAUGAAGGAUUUGAAUCACAUGUGGAUGUGCUUUCUGUGUACCCUUCCGGCGGUGUAGCUGACAUUUUUCAUAUCUACAAGGCUGUCAAAUGUGCAUCAUGGCUGGGAGAUUUCUUCCUGUGCUGCAACCAAGCGUGACAUUCAUUAGCAGCCUUGAACUGAUAGGUUAAUUAAUAAAUGUUAAGAAGCCCAUGUUGACUUCAGUUUCAUUUAUUUAGGCUAUUCUCAGGAUUUCUGGAGAUAUGUGAACUAAUCUGUGGGGAUAUGGGGAUACACACAGUGCAGCAGGUUUCUUAGUGAUUCAUUAAACCUCGUUAACUCUGCUCGCGCUGUGACUAACCCCUCCGCCCUUCCAGUGCCUGCAGGGCUUUGUGGAGUUGGCCCCUGGCAGUGACGCUGCCGUGGCUCUUUGCAGCUGGCUGCUCAGAGCAGUUUCUGAUUCAUCACUGGCAAAUCUGUACCAGGAACGAGGGCAGGGACCCCUCAGCACCUGGAGACUGAUGACAGGUCUGUGCUUCUGCUGUGUUUACUGUAAUACAGGAUCUCUGGAAGCAUCAUCGUGGUUGCUGCUCUUUUAAAUUGACCCAUUUCAGACAAGUCAACAACCUCGUGCUGUCCACACCAGCCCAGGGAAGGGAGACCAGUGCUCCCCGUUCCAUCCACCAGCCCGUGAGCUGGGAACCAGCUCCUUGCAGCUCUGGGACUCCCUGCCCAUGCUCUGAGGUUGGGCUCCUCCUCAAGUACAGCGUGGCCUCCUACAAGACGCCGUGUGAACACAACACCGCAGGAAAUAAUGGAGCACAGGCUGAGCCAGGUUGUGUAGGUGGUAAAUUAAGCAUUCUGUAUGUAAAUAACAGUUACUGCAAAUACAAAAUCUGAGCAACAUGAGGAAAACACAUCCAUCUUAUGUACAUCAGAGCAGUAAUGAGUGAUAGCUGAAUAGCUACAGCUGCACUCGCUACAGAAAGGUCCUCUGCCGUUUUGACUUCACAUUUUUAUAGAAACCUUCAGAGUUUUGGGGUUUUUUUUCAGAGGGGCAAGGUAGGUGUCCUAUUUUUAUUUUUGCCUUGAAAUGACUUUGGCUCAGAUCCACGAAGGCGCUCAAUGUGCCUAAAGACCACAGUGACCCGGGCUGUCGUUCCUAACGGCUGGCAACCCGAUGGCAUGGUCCUGCCAAGGGUCUGCAUCUGACUGCAGGAAUUCUGGCCCAUCGGAGGCGUGUGAAAGGCAGCAGGGUGGGUGCCGAGCUGCAGUGCAAGCUGCCACCUAGGAGCAAGUGUUCUGGGCCCGGCUCUCUGUUGUGCAGCACUGUGUGUUUCAGUCUGUCCGUGCUGUCCAGAGUUUGGUUCAUUUUUAGCCAGCAGGAGGGGAGAGAUUACAUUUUUUGUUGUAAGGAUAAAUGUGGCUUGAAACCACUUUGCAACACUGCCAGACCUGCAGGUGAAACCCUGCUUGUUUCCAGCCAUGAUUAACAGAAGGAACAGAGCCAAAGAUAAUACGGAAGGGAAGGAAUGAGAGGAGAGAGUCAAACCUUGCCCAAAUGGCAGGAGGUGGCUCCAUGUAUUAGCUGGACUAUGACCAAGGCAGAUGCGGCAAAGCUGAACGGGGCUGUUAAAGGAGAAACACUUGGGACAGUAACUUUAACUAGUCAGAUUCUUCUUGGAAAUGCCAGUAUCUGAGAUACUGAGCUGGAGCUAAAUUUGGACAUUGCAUAAACAUGUAGAAACCCAUUCAGCUCUUACUGAUGAUUCACCCAGGUUUGGGGCUGGCUGAGCUCCUACACACACGGUAGCACAAUCCAUCACGCCCAGUGAACGGUUCUCUGCGUGGUGGGCCCUAAGUCACACCUGCAGCUGCUGCCUGCAGGUCACGCCAGCUGGCACAGCAGAUGCUACAGGAACAGAAUUUCUUCAGAGAGGCUUUUCAGCUGAUUUUACACUCUAUUUGUCAUAUACGCCAGAGAAAGGAAACUGUUGGGGUCUUAUAUUACCUCCCUUUUAGUGCAAUGCAGUUAAAAAAAUAGAAAGCUGAUUUCUAUACGAUUCAAGUACAAUUUAUCAGGAGCAAACUGCUCCAGACAUCACAGUCUGUCUCCUGGACCUGUUCUUCAGGAACUGGCUGUGUUUAAACUUCCUUCCCUGCUACCUGGCUCUAAAAGGCCUGCUCCCUAGCUCUGUCUCUCUGCAUGGGUUACCACUGAAAACCAUAUUAAAUACAGAUCCUGGCAGUCCAGCAUCUCACUGGUCACGGGGUGAUGCUGCUGUCAUCGAGUGCUUCGGGGAGAGAUGGCACCACUUGGCCAGGCAGAGACCUUCAGGCGAGACUCCUGUUUGUUAGAGGGGCGCAACGUGGUGGCAGGUCUGAGCUAGGCAAGAGCAGCUGUGUCUGUGCCACAGUCAGCCUUGCGGCAUGAAGGAGGGAGGCUGGAGUUUUUCUGACUCCCCUCUCUCUUCCUCUCAGUUGUGGGAUGAAACUGCCCUGGUAAAUAAAAGACAUGCCAGAAACACUGGUUCAUUUACAGCAGUGCACGUGUCGUCAUGCAGUCUGGAGAAGUGGAGCUCAUACGCCACAAAUUAACGCCCUGUUCUUUCUACUUUUGUCUUAGUUUUGCAUAUCGCAGUUACAUAUGAAAUCAAGUGUGGUAAUUACCGAGCUGUGGUUGCAGAGAGUUAUUAACUUGCCAUACAAAUUAAGACUGCUCUGCUGUUGAGUGGGAUUUGUCCUUACAAAGGGCCAGGACUCCGUGGCUAACUGCAGAGGCCAGGGUAGACAAUCUGCGAGGUGACUUUUGCCCCAAAGAGCUUGGCCAAAAAUCAGGUCACAACUCAAGGCGUUUUAGCUUCUCAAGCAAAUUAGCUCCCUUCCAGUCUCUUUUGCUUCCGAUGCAGGUCAGGAUUAAAAAAAA